CUAAGCCAUGAAAUAGUCGCAAAGCCUUUUCUGCUUCUUCGUUUCUAAUUGCUUUUGACGAAGAUCGAUCGUAGGGAAGUCUACCUCGUAGACCACUCUCUCAAAUUUGAUUCCCUGUUCUCGUUACCAACGUCAAAUAUGCGUCUCUCUCGUAGCCUUACACCCUUUGUUCUCCUUUUUUCCCUCUUUGUUGUUGCACCAGCCGUAUCCGCUGGUGUAGCUAUAUUGAGAACGGAUUAUUACCAAAAGACAUGCCCCGAUUUCAACAAAAUUGUGCGUGAUGCCGUUAUUGCCAAGCAAGGUCAACAGCCGACAACUGCGGCCGGGACACUCCGUCUCUUCUUUCACGAUUGUUUCCUUGAAGGCUGUGAUGCAUCUGUUUUGAUAGCGACCAACUCGUUUAACAAAGCUGAACGUGAUGAUGAUCUCAACGACUCCCUCCCAGGAGAUGCUUUUGACAUUGUCAACCGCAUCAAGACAGCUCUUGAGCUGUCUUGUCCUGGUGUGGUGUCGUGCGCUGAUAUUUUAGCGCAGGCUACGCGUGACCUUGUCACGAUGGUAGGAGGACCUUACUUCGACGUAAAGCUUGGUCGUAAAGAUGGACUCGAGUCCAAAGCCCAUAAAGUACGAGGAAACGUCCCGAUGCCUAACCAAACGGUCCAUGACAUCCAAGGGAUGUUCAAGAAAAAUGGGUUUAGUUUACGUGAGAUGGUAGUAUUAAGUGGAGCUCACACAAUCGGAUUUUCUCACUGCAAAGAGUUCAGUGACCGCCUCUACGGAUCAAAAGCCGAUCCAGAAAUCAACCCACGAUUUGCAACCGCUCUAAAAGAACUAUGCAAAAACCACACAGUGGACGACACAAUCGCGGCGUUUAAUGACGUGAUGACUCCGGGAAAAUUCGACAACAUGUACUUUAAGAAUCUUAAACGAGGACUUGGGCUAUUAGCUUCCGACCACAUCCUUAUUAAAAACAAUAGAACGAAACCGUUCGUUGACCUUUAUGCAAGUGAUGAGAAAGCAUUCUUUGAAGAUUUCGCUCGUGCCAUGGAGAAAAUGGGAACGGUUGGGGUUAAGGGCGAUGGAGAAGGAGAAGUGAGGCGUAGGUGCGACCACUUCAACAAUCUCAACGUAUAAGAAAAAAAUCACAAGAUAACACAAAAUAAUUAUAUUUCUGCUUUUUUGCGGGGAGAAAAGAGGAAUUGAGGGGAAGAAAGAUUUCAUUGAUAUAUUUAUGUUUAAAAUAUGUAUUAUAAUCAUAAUUGUGUAACAAUUCAAGAUUGGGUGUUUAUAUUUCCAUGAAAAUGCAAAUUGUUAUAUUUGGAGUGUACGAAGUAAAAGAUAUGUAUUUUUUUA